AUGCGAGAACGAUCCCGCUUCGGAUGGGUUGGAUGGGAGAGGAGGAAGGAGAGGGGCGGAGGCGGACAGAGGAAUGGAGUACGAUGGGUGGAGGCAUUUGAAGUACCCGCCGUGCAUAUCAAGCACAGCGAGGUGCCUCCAGGAAACAUCGAGGCAGGGUAUCCAGGAUUCCAUGCUCCAGCCAGCACGCUAGCCGUGACAAAGAAGGCACACGCAUGGCGCGAAAGACACACGCACUUGUCUGUGCGCCGGAAAGGACCUGCCGAGGGUGUACACACACGAUUAUCGUGCUAG